AUGAAGUACUUAGCAGCUUACUUGUUGAUCGCUCAAGGUGGUGUUGAAGCCCCAUCUGCCACUGAAAUCAAGGCCGUUUUGGAAUCCGUUGGUAUCGAAGCUGAAGACGCUAAGAUCGACGCUUUGUUCGCCGCUUUGGAAGGUAAGUCCAUCAACGAAUUGAUCGCUGAAGGUCAAACCAAGUUGGCUUCUGUCCCAGCUGGUGGUGCUGCUGCCGCUGCUGGUUCUUCCGGUGCUGCUGCCGCUUCCGAAGAAGCUGCUGCUGAAGAAAAGGAAGAAGAAGCUAAGGAAGAAUCCGAUGAUGACAUGGGUUUCGGUUUGUUCGAUUAA